CACAUUAUCCAUUGGUUAUAGAGCUAGCUGUGGCCUGCAUAACUUCGAUAACUUCUAUCAUAAGGCCAAGACAAUACAUGAUGAAAGGCACUUACAGUUACACAAGGCGAUACUAACAAAAGCAUGGCAUAUUAUCUUUGUUGCGAUGUAUGCUAUGCUAUGCUAAUAAGUUGACACCAUGCCGUCAGUAUAUGCAAUGCUCUUGAGGUAUGUUAACGGUAACGACAAUGUAGAAUGUGCGGUUGGAAAAAGGCUUACAAUUAACGCGCAUAUAUAGCAAUCAGACGUCAAGUGGUUCAACAAAUAAUCGCGCUUGUCAGUACUUUCAGAGUUUUUAUACUUUGCGUCAGACGAGAGGGGUGAUGGCCAUUAGCAUGUUGAUUGCUCUCGCGUUGUUCCUUGUGGUUUUAGUUGUAUUGUGGAGAAUUGUAUGGGCUUCUCCGAAGGGGUUAGAGGGGAUUCCUGGCAACCUGGGUUGGCCGGUUGUUGGUGAAAGUAAAUCAUUUCUGUCAGAAUUUUCGAGUCCUCAGGGGAUUUACAGCUUCAUUAAGACUAGACAACAGAGGUACGGCAAGGUGUUCAAGAGCUAUGUGCUAGGUAGGUAUACGAUUUUCAUGACAGGGAGAGAUGCAGGCAAGAUUUUAUUGACAGGAAAAGAUGGUUUGGUUACCUUAAACCUCUUCUACACCGGACAACAAGUGCUUGGCCCGACAAGCUUGCUGCAACAGUCUGGUGAAGAACAUAAGCGGCUCCGUAGAUUAAUUGCUGAGCCUCUCUCUUUUGAUAGCCUUAAAAAGUAUUUCCAGUUUAUGAAUACUUUGGCUGCUGAAACAUUAGACCAGUGGCUAGACCGGGAGGUUUUGGUUCUUGAAGAGGCUUCUACAUUCACAUUAAAGGUGAUAGGAAACAUGAUCAUGAGCUUGGAACCUACUGGUACAGAGCAAGAAAAGUUUCGAACUAAUUUCAAAUCCAUUUCUUCUUCAUUUGCAUCCUUACCACUUAAGUUUCCUGGAACUGCUUAUGAUCGAGGUAUCAAGGCACGCGAUAGGAUGUAUGCCAUGUUUGAUUCAAUUAUUUCCAACAGAAGAUCAGGAAAAAGUGUACACCAGGACUUCCUGGAGUCGCUGAUACAGAAACAUACUAAAAAUGACUCUGGAGAAGAUCAAGAUGAUAAACUGACAGAUAAACAGUUGAAGGACAACAUACUAACAUUGCUUGUUGCAGGACAUGAUACAACAACUGCAGCUCUGACAUGGCUCAUCAAAUUUCUCGCGGAAAAUCCAGAUGUUUUGGAGCGUCUCAGGAAAGAACACAUGGAAAUUCUAGAUAACAGAAAGACAGGGUCAAGUCUCACAUGGUCAGAAGUAACAAACAUGCCUUACACAACAAAAGUUAUUAGUGAAACUCUUCGUAUGGCAACAAUUUUACCUUGGUAUUCAAGAAAAGCUGCUCAGGAUUUUCAGAUUAAUGGUUGUGAUAUCAAGAAAGGUUGGGCUGUUAAUUUGGAUGUCGUGUCGAUUCACCAUGACCCUGAGAAUUUCCGGGACCCUGAAAAGUUUGAUCCAUCUAGGUUCGAUUCACCCAUAAAGCCCUUUAGCUACCUUGGAUUUGGAAGUGGACCUCGGAUGUGCCCUGGAAUCAACCUUGCAAAGCUGGAGCUUUGUAUAUUUGUUCAUCAUCUUGUCUGCAGAUACAAGUGGACAGCUUUAGAGAAAGAUGACAGUGUCCAUGCAACACUAGUCCGGAUGCCAAAGAACAAGUUACCAAUCAAAGUUGAGGCACUGUGAACAAAUCUGACAACUGUAUCUUUUUCUUUGGUAAACAUACUGUAAGCAUUAUCAAAGUUUUGUAAGUCCGGAAAUAAGCAAGAAUGGAAAUUAGCAAAAAUGAAUUUGUCUGUGUUGACGGAGAAGGACAGGUUUUGAUCUUCAAAUGUUCCGGUAGAUGAACCAAAGAAUCUGAGAGACUAGCCUCAAGCUGUUGGUUAUAUAAUCUAUAUGUUGCAAGUUAUAUACUAUAAAGUGGCUAUAAUUUCCGAUA